AUGCCAAAAAUCGAGCCGAAGUUUGAGUUGGCGUUGAGGAGGACGAUUUUCUAUUCAGUUCUGAUUGUCAUUUAUCUUUUUCUUGGUGCUACCAUUUUGUCGUUGAUACGACCACCACGAUAUGACAAGGGAUCACUGGACAAAAUGGAGCGGAUAGACGUGAAACGAGCCGAGCUGCUGAACGUUUUAUGGGCAGAAACACUCGCAAAAUCCGAAAAUGAUUGGGAAGAGUUGGCAAAUCAGAAAAUGGAAGCAUAUGAAAAGGCUCUUCUCUCGAGCGCUUCCUCGUUGGUCGAGCAAAGGGAUUUCUCGUUUUGGGGCCACUUUGAGCGAUCGUUUGCGAUGAUCACAACGAUUGGACCGAUCGAUUGUCGGGAAUUGUCAACAUUCGCGAAAAUCUUCUGUUUCAUCUACGCACUUCUUGGUGUCCCGUUAACGCUUCUCUACUUGGAGAAAUGCAACCAAAUGGCCUCAUCGUUGUGCUCAACGGGAAAGACCCUAGUCGCUGCAACGAGUCUCAUCUUCUUUGGAGCAAUUAUCUAUGAUAUUGUUGAACAGGGAUCUGAUGAUACGCCAUUUAUCGAUGCAAUGUUCAGUGUCUUCUUACAAUUUUCAACGAUAGGUGAAGAGGAUCCAAGAGUUAGAGGCUUUUUCACCUACACUCUGUGCUUAUUUGGUCUUUCAUUGAUGUCGGUGACGUUCAUCAUUAUUCAACAAGAGAUUGAAAAAAUAACAUCACGUUUCGAGCUACAGUUUUCAUUUCUGUUUGGCAAAGCAGAAAGAUGGGCUAGCGAAGCAAAAUCAAGGAGUAUGGAUCGGGUUGAUGAAGAGGACGAAGAAGGCGAUUGG